GAUGAUUGCAUAAUCGAACGUAAAUGCAGGCAUAUGCUGAGGCUCGCAAGCAACUAGGUGGUUUCUGGAUCAUACGGCAAAUUAGUGGGAUCGAAUACAUGGGAUUGAAUGAAUUACUCAUAUGAUGUAAUUAAACGAUAUGCAAUAAAUAUUUCCAGUUUACGUGGUAUAUCUUGAAUUUAUUCAUAAAAAGAAAUGUUUUUGAUCGUUUACGACCAAAUCCUUGGACGACAUCGAUUAGAUCGUGUUCCUUGAAUUGUAAUUCAUCCUCAGAAAAGUGUUUCGUAAUUAAUUCCAAAAAUACUUUACGUUCUGUUAUAAAAGAAUGUCAAGUCUCCAUGAAUGAAUGUCUCCAGAAUUUAGGAGGCCAGAUGUCAACCUUUAUUUUCUGAAGAUUCAUAGGGUUUCUUCAUACGUUUCAAGUCCAGCAAUCUGUAUCUGAUAAUUAAAUUCACGCAUUCAUCGAAAUAUUCGACCCAUUGCUUGACUUUAACUUCCGCAGGGGUGAACACAUUGCGUCAUCUCUUUCCAUUUGGUUUUGCCGAUUCUCAUUUAUAAUAUUGAACGUACGUACACACAUCGAUCACUACUUCGCAUAGUCAAUAUUCAUAAGAAUAAAGCGAUUAUCGUUAUACGUAUUAUACUUUUCACAUCUUGCUCACGCUUAUCUCUUCAACGGUUGAUUUUUUUCCUUCGUUUGAAUUUGUGUUAUGAAAAUUCGAGUAUCAGGUGAUUGGAUGUUUGAUGGCCGGUCAUCCCAUUAGUCAAGAAUCCAAAAUUUACCGCAGUUGUCAUUGAAAUGUGUCGUGAUAGUUGAAGAGAACGUUUUGAUUCAGCAGCACGACUCGGAUAAUAGCAUAAGAAUACCAGUCUAAAAUUCGUAAAGCGAUAGAUAGUCACGUAAUUCAUCGUGAAAGCAAAAUGUUUGACGCGUCGAGAAUUUCCUCAAAUUCAGAUCUUGUGGUUCUGAGCUGCAUAUUCAUUUGCAUCGCCGAUAAAUUUUCAUCAACACAAGCGAUGGAUUAUUGUUCGAUUUGCAACGGUGCGCAAACGAUUUGCCGAUUUCCCAGCGAUACUCCGUCCGCGAAUUGCGAUAAAUACAUCAACGCACCUUUGACGAGCAGCGAAAUCCAGUCCCUCGUCGACAAACAUAAUGAGUUGAGGACGAAUGUCGCGGAGGGCAGAGAAACCCGAGGAAAUCCUGGACCUCAGCCUGCGGCUACCGACAUGAAGACACUGAGUUGGGACAAUGAACUUGCGACCGUUGCUCAAAGAUGGGCUGAUCAGUGUGCCGCGAAUCCACACGAUGAUUGUCGAGACAUAGAUCGUUUUCCCGUUGGUCAAAACGUAGCGACGCUUUGGAAUAGCGAGGAAAUAACUGAGCCGGUUGUAAAUCUAAUAAAUGGUUGGUAUGACGAGGUGGCGAUGUUCAACAAUCAGGAAAUAUCGCGGUUUCGGUUUGCGCACGAGACGGGUCACUACACUCAAUUAGUUUGGGCGAACACGUCCUUGAUCGGAUGCGGAAGAGUUAGAUUUUGGGACACUGGACGUCAGAUGAACACCUUGAGAUUAAUCUGUAAUUAUGGACCCGCGGGUAACGUCAUUGGUCUUCCUAUUUAUAAUGUCAGAACACCCAGCUUCCGCUGCAGCAGAAGCAUCCGCGUCAAGGCGUGGUUUAGAUUCUGCAAUUAAUGCCCAAUCGAAAAUAAUCACAUUCGGUCAAUAUUCAGGAUAAAAGUGUUUGGGACACACGUGUGAUGUAAAAUCGAAAUUAAUUUUCGUAGUGAUUAGGAUAAAAAAUAUAAUCGCAUAAUUGACUUAUUUCAAUCGCAGAAACUCAUUGUAUGAUAAGUUUUGAUGAAUUGGAAUAUCUAUAGAGUAGUUAUGCAGAAUUUCUAUUGACGAAAGGGAUGUAAAGGUGUACAGUUGAAAUUUUUGAAUGACGACCAUUCAAUGUUCAUAUUAAAAUGUGUAUAUUUUUCUUGAUUUAUCCCUGAAGAGAGUUUUUGAUUAGUAAUUUACAUGCAUAAUGUUAGCCGAUAUCACAUAUCUAUACUAAUAUAAUAUAACCAUAAAUAUAUCGAAAUCUGUGUGAUAACUUAUAAUUCUGGUGAAGCUGGAGAAAUAAUGGAUUAUUAAUUAUAAUUUUAAUGUCACGCAGAACAAAAA